GUAUUUUGUAAUCUCUGAAAUUUCUCUGCCCCACAGUGGACCUCCGACCCUUUGGCCAAGCUCAAAGGCUGCUCCUGGUUUGUUUUUCCUGUUUGCUCACAAUCGAUUGGACUCCCAUGAACCGCAUCAUCUCCAUGACUGUAUAUUUGAUCCCAGCCCACGGAAACCUCAGAGACGAUCAACAUGUUUCCGUGGAAGCUGCAAAACAUUUUAUUCCUCCUCCUGUUCUGUAAUUCUGAUGGACAGUUUUUUGGUAGUAGCAGAAGACGCCCCUGGCCUAACAGAGGUAUGUCGUUUGAAAGAUACGUGGAGCUCCAUAAUGUACCAAAUGCAAAGAAAACCAUCGAUUCUUCACCGAGGUUCACCCUGGUGGCUCCCGACAUCCUGAGGACCGACACCGAAGAAAACAUCUACUUACAGGCAGAGGGCUUGCCCACUCCUCUCAUUGCCUCCAUCAUCAUCCGGGACUUCACCAAAAGCGUUAUGCUCCUCCAGGAGACGGCCAUACUCAAUCAGGAAAAUGGCUUCCGUGUUCUCAAGAGCAUGAAGCUUUCAUCCGCGCUCUUGAAUCGUGAGGAGAAAAAGAACAAGUUUGUUCAUCUGCAAGUGAGCUUUGGGAGUCAUCACUCGAUGGAGCGAGUGCUGAUGGUGUCCUUUCAUUCUGGCUAUAUCUUCGUCCAAACCGACAAGCCCAUCUACAACCCCGGAGACACCGUUCGUUUCCGAGCCUUCGUGUCUUCUCCGUUCUUUAAGGCCUUGGACAGUCCCAUCAGUAUAGACAUUCAGAAUCCAGACGGGGUGGUGGUCAGUCAGAUCUCCAGGACCCGACCCACUCAGGGCAUCUUCGCUGAUUCCUUCCCUCUGUCUGACAUCGUCAAUGAAGGAACGUGGCUGUUGACGGCAAAGUUUGACCACUGGCAACAGAACGCUUUCACCUCCCGUUUCGAGGUGAAGAAAUAUGUUCUCCCUGCCUUCAACGUUACACUGACCCCUAGAAAGUCCUUCCUCAGCCUGGAGGACGAGGAACUGGUGGUAGAAAUCUCUGCAAGGUACCUGUUCGGGGAGCCGGUUCAGGGGACGGCUUACGUUGUGUUCGGAGUGAAACUCAACCAAGAGAUGACCAGGCUACCUGCUGUGAAGCAGGUGUCGGACCUGGAUGGAGGAACUGUCACACUGAGCAUGCAGGAGCUCAGGAGAGCUUACCCCAACAUGAGGAGCUUAGUGGGGAACUCUGUUUACGUGAAAGCAUCUGUGGUCACCAAGACGGGAAGUGAUCUGGUCGAGGCAGAAAAGACCGGCAUUAAAAUUGUAGAGUCCCCAUAUGUCUUAUCUUUCAAAGACGUGCCAAAGUACUUCAAACCAGGAAUGCCGUUAGACCUAACAAUUCAGGUGAGCCAGCAUGGCGACUCUCCAGCUCGUAACGUUUUGAUCAAGCUGACUCAUCUGAGCGGACCACUGACCGUGUCAUCAGGCACCGCCAGAGUCAGCAUCAACAUGCCCAAUGUACAACUCCCUCAAACGCUCACUGCUGAGACGGCACAGGCUGACCUGAAACCAGAGCAGCAGGCCAAGCAGCAGAUUACGCUUCAGCCUUACACGACCAGCAGGGGGCAGCAGAACUACCUGUACAUCUCCACGGGAACCAACAGAGUGUCUGUAGGAGAGAGACUGUCGCUGCAGUUCACCAUCUCUUUGUCUGACGAGUCGCACAGAGAGUUCAUCAAACACAUCACAUAUCUGGUGCUGAAUAAGGGUAAAAUUGUAAGCGCCGCUCGUCAGAACGUGACGGGCCAGCUGGUGACCAGCGUUGGGUUGUGGGUCACGGCGGACAUGAGGCCAUCGUUUCGGGUCGUGGCGUUCUACACCAUUCCCUGGUCGGGGCUGGAGGAGCUGGUUUCGGACUCGGUCUGGACAGACGUGGUGGACGGCUGUGUUGGAGGGCUGACAGUUUCAACAGACUCUGUAAAGCCCCACUACACACCCGGGAAAAACUUCCGCUUCAAGAUCCGAGGGGACCCGGGGUCAAAGGUCAGCCUGGUGGCUGUGGACAAUUCUGUGUAUCUCCUCAACGGGGAGCGACUCACCCAGAGAAAGCUUUGGGACGCGGUGGAGCACGGAGACAUCGGCUGCACCAGAGGGGGAGGUCGAGACGCCAAAGGAGUGUUUACAGACGCCGGGCUUCUUUACUUCUCAAGCAGCGGAGUCAAAACCGAAACCAGGCAGACCCUGCAGUGUCCAGGCAGAACCAGAAGGAGGCGCUCUGCUGAACUCAUGCAACGUAAAGCAAGGCUGGAGAGUCACUAUAAGGAGAAGCUGCAGCAGCGCUGCUGCAAAGACGGCCUCAGGGCCAUUAAAAUGCCCUACUCCUGCACCCGCCGCUCACUCUACAUCACCGAGGGCCCGGAGUGCAUCCUGGCCUUCCGCUACUGCUGCGCCACCUACAGGGACCAGGUGUUCAACACGGAGAUCCCCACCACCCCUCCACCCAUGACCACUGCUCCUCCAACCACCAUUCCGGCACCAGUGCCCACUUUUGCUCACCAUGAUUUUGCUGGCUAUCCUUAUAAGACAGUGGUAGUCACUAAUCGAGAAUGGGAAAUAGUGAAACUGAUGGCAGCUCCUCCUAUAGCUAUGCCCGGUUUAGUGGGGGUACUCGUGGAGGACGACGAAGAGGAAGAAGAGGAGGAGUAUCUGGAUGAGACUCAGGUCUAUCUUCGCUCCAAGUUCUUCGAGUCCUGGCUGUGGAUAGAUGUGAGCCUGCCGAGCGAGACGGACAAAGACGGGUUUGCUUUGAAAAAUAUGGACAGUGCUUUACCAGACAGCAUCACAGAGUGGGGAGUUUUGGCCAUCAGUGCAUCACAUCAAACAGGCUUCUGUGUUGCGGAGCCGUACAACUUCAAAACCUGGAAGCAUUUCUUUGUCGACCUAAAGCUCCCGUACUCUGUGGCGAGGAACGAACAGUUGGAGAUUAAAGCCGUCGUCCACAACUACGGCUACAACGAGAUGCAUGUGAGGGUGGUGCUCAUGAAGACCGAAGGCAUGUGCAGCGUCGCUUUCAAGGACAGACACACCCAGGAAGUGACGGUGCCGGCGGGCGCCUCUGUGGCGGUGCCUUACACCGUUGUGCCGCUGGUGGUGGGCAAUCUUCCGCUGGAAGUGAUGGUGGUCGGCAGAGACCUGACGGGGGGCGACCGCAUCCGGAAAGUUCUGCGAGUUGUGAUGGAGGGAGUGCAGAAGACCGAAGUCUGGAGUGCCGUGUUGAACCCGUCUUCUCAAGGAGGAACUCAGACGAUUCGCAUCGGUAAGACUGAACUGGAGUCGGUCGUUCCAAACUCCGUGCCAGAGACCUUCAUUAACGUCAGAGGCAACGUCUUGGCGGACAGCAUCGAUAACUCCAUCAGCGAGGACUCGCUGGCGUCUCUGAUCCGGAUGCCUGGUGGCUGUGUGGAGCAGAACCUGGCCUCCAUCACUCUGCCGCUCAUCGCCACUCUGUAUCUGGACCGAACCGACAACUGGGAGAGAGUCGGGGUGGAUCGCAGAGACGAGGCUCUCCGAUACAUCAAGAGAGGCUAUGAGAAUCAGUUGGAAUACAGAAGGAGUGACGGCUCGUACCCCCCCUACAGGCGUGAAGGCGCAAGUACAUGGAUCACUGCGUACGUCGUCAAAGUGUUCGCCAUGGCUUACUCGGUCGUCAGCAUGGACGAGCAGCAAGUCUGCGAGCCUCUGCUGUACCUGGUGACCAACAAAAUCAGACCUUUUAGCGGAGGGUACAAAGAGGACAACCCAGUUUAUUCCACCACAAUGACUGGUGGUCUCCGUGGUGACGACCCAGAAAUAACCCUGACGGCUUUUGUCCACAUUGCAAUUGCUGAAGCCAAGAAGGCAGGAAUCAGCUGUGACAGGUCUGAUGUGGAGUCGGCCGCCACCAGGAGCUCCCGGUACCUGCAGAGAGCCCUGCUGACUGGUGGGAGGAGGCCGUACACGGUGGCCAUCGCCUCCUACGCUCUGGCUCUGCAGGAAACACCAAACGACCUCCAUCAGCCUUUACUCAGCGCGGCGUCUCCAGACAAGAGCCACUGGCCUGACAAGGAAAACCACUUGUUCACUCUGGAAGCGACUGGCUACGCUUUGCUAGCGCUGAUAAAGUUGGGACGCAUGGAGGAGGCCGCGGCGCCCUUCAAAUGGCUCAACGGUCAGAGAAGAAGAGGCGGCGGCUUCGGCUCCACUCAGUCCACUAUGGUGGUGCUCCAGGCUCUGUCAGAGUACAUGAUCAGCCGGCCUCCGCCUGCUGACCUCAGCCUGAACGUUGACCUCAGAAUGACCGGACGCAAGGAACUCCGCUACCACUUCAACCCCGACACCGCCUACGCUGCUCGCUCCUCGAAGCUGCCUGCUGGUGUCGACAUGGAGGUGGUGGCUCAAGGGAACGGUAUGGGAAUCCUGGAGGUUGUGACUCAUUACAACCAGCUCCAUGAAGUUGAAGAGAAAACACCCUGCACACACUUUGAGCUCAGCGUUAACAUUGAAGAGUCCAGCGAAAAGCCUCCAGCUGAUGCAGAGAAAUCCUACCAGAUCACCAUCAGCGUGAGGUCUUUGGGACCCAGAGACGUCAGAAUGGUGGUUCUGGACAUCAGCCUCCCCACUGGCUUCACCCCAGAAAACUCAGACCUGGAAAUGCUGUCCAACUCUGUGGAUCAUUACAUCAGUAAUUUCAAGAUCGUAGAUAAUCUGAGCGACAGAGGGUCUCUGAUCCUCCACCUGUUCAAGGUUUCUCACAAAGAGCCUGAAAUUCUCAUCUUCAGGCUGCAGCAGACCUUCAAAGUGGGUCUGCUGCAGCCGUCGUCUGUCACUGUUUACGAGUAUUACAACCCAGAUCACCGCUGCAGCCGUACUUACUCUCCCAGAGAGGACAGGGAGGAGCUCAGUAGGAUCUGCAACAACAACGUCUGCCGCUGCACGCAGGGCGACUGCAGUAUCUUAAAACCCGAAGAUCAAAACUUCCUCCGCAAAGAGAGAGAGAUAUUCGCCUGCACCAGCUUACACCAUGUUUGGCAGGUGAAGGUGCUCAGUAUGAAUCAGAGCUACUACGAUAAAUAUGAGAUGGAGAUUAUACAAGUUAUUAAACUUGGUGUUGAGGCUGGAGUUGAAGUUGGUCAGAAGAGGUUUUUCCUUUCGCAUGGUGGCUGUAGAGAAGGAGUCAACCUCAAACUGGGCUCCCAGUAUCUCAUCAUUGGUCCUAAAGAGGACCGGUGGACCACUGACCCCGACAACAACAGGUUUAUCUACAUGUUGGGGAAGGACACGUGGGUGGAGCGCUGGCCUACAGACGCAGAGUGUUCGAGCGAUCCCAGCAUGCAGGCCAAAUGCAAAAGUCUCUCUGAUGCUGCAAACGAGCUGUCUGUGAACGGCUGCAGGCUGUAGUUUCAGCUGUUCUUGAUUUUAAUUCUACGUCUGGGAAUGCAUGUCUGUAAGAAGCCAAAAAAUAUGAAUUAAAAGAGUGUUGUACUGUCUGA